UAAAUAUUAAUAAACCUUAUGUUGAGAUAAAUCAAAUAAAAUUUUAUUUGACUAUGUUUUAAUUUAUAAAUUAAUAAUAAAUCAUAAAUCAAGAUGUUAUUCUUUCUUUACAUUUGGGAAAUGGGAAGAAUCAAGGAGUGUACUGAUUAAUGAUAAUGUUUUAUUGAUAGUCACUAUUAUUUUGAAUAAAUGAGAGUACUUUUUUCUUCUUAAAUUUAUUUUUAUUUGUCGUUUUAUGCCUUAUUUCUCUUUUAAGAGAAAAGAGUGGUGAGGUAAGAAAGGGUAUUGUUAAUAUGAAAGAGAAUCAAAUAGCUUUUUUUAAUUAAAAAUGUAAAUAUACAAUGAUUUUUUAGUAUACUUUUUAUGUUUUAAAAUAUUUGUAAUGAUUUUUCACGCAAUUAAAUAUACUAAUUUUUAAUAUUUAUAAUUAUAUUAUUAAAAAUUAUAAAAAAUUUAUAUUUAUGAAUUUAUAUUAAAGUAAUUGAAACAGAGAAAAUAUUAGAAAAUUAAAUUAUUUUUGUUCAUAUAAAUAUUCCAGAGAACAAUGCAAAUAAUUUUCUUUUUUGAAGAAAUAAGAACGGAAAGUAAGAUAAAGAUUAGGACAAUAAAAUGACACUUAUGCCCUCUCAGCCAAUCCCCAUCUCUUAGCGGCUGUCGCGUGCCGCAUAAGGUCAUUUCUCCACGUGGCUACAUCACCCUAUUUCUUUUUGUCACGUCUCUUGUGUUACCCACUCCCUACCCUAGUCCCCACCUCUAUUUAUUUGUUUUUUUAAUUUUUAAUUAUCCACUUAUUUUUUAUUUUACUUUUGCAAAAUUUUCAGAAUUUUAAAUUUUAAUAUCUUUAUAUAUAUAUUAUAAAAAAUUAUAAAGAAUAUACAAUAAAAAAGCAUAUAUUAAUAGUAAUUUUUCUUCUUUAAGUAGUACUUAGUAAAAAUAAGAGUUUAUAAAUGAAUACUUAAUAAUUUUAGUAAUUUUUUUGUAAAACUCUAUUUUAAUUUUUUUUUAAAAAAUUAUGUUACUUAAAUUAUUUUAGUAAAAAUAUAAAUUAAGAAUUAAAUUAGUCAAAAAAUUGGUAUAAAUAUUUUAUGUAAAGUAAAAUUAAAUUUUGGUGACAAGGAAUGAUGUAAUAAUCUUACCCUAAUUUAUAGUAAUUGAAUAAAUUUUCUCCUUAUUAGGCUAUUAGUAAUAAAAAAUUAAAUCAUAACCACACUCCAUUCCCCCUUUUAUAAAAGAAACCCCAAACCCCUCUUACCCAAAUGCUUUCACCUUAUUCUUCAUCGACUUCUCUCUCUAGUUUCUACAUAAUUUCUCUCUCAUCUUCGGGAAAAAUCCGCCAUUGUUAAGGAGAUUUGCUUUGUUUCUCUCUCCUUAAUCGGUGUUGUUUUGCCGCUUAAAUCGUCGACAAUUUGGACUAAUCCUGUGCGGAAAAACGCAACAAUAGUAAUAUAUUGAAUAUCCUUGUUAUUAUUAAUAUCAUUGUUAUAAUAAUCAAUUAAUCUGAUUAACACAAUUAAAUCAAAACUCGAUCUGAAAAACACCUGCAAAAAAGUUUGAUAAAUUUAUUGUGUAAGAUUGGUCGAUAUGUCGGUGGCAGCAGGUGUAGGUUCGGUUUUACAACUCCGAAGCAAGGUAGAUUCAAGAAGCUUCUCAAAGCAGCAGAAUAAUGGAGGAAUGUUGGUGGUUGCACCUCAGUUUUGCAGGUUCGGGAAGAGAAGUUCCCGAAGCUAUGCGGUUCGGAGAUCCGAAGCCAAGAUUUGUGAAAGCAAAUUCUUUGGAAAUAGGCUAAGAUCUGAUAGAUUACACCAAUUAAAUGUUAGGAGUCCGAACCAUACGUUGAGGUUUGGUAUUCGAUCUGCAUUAUCUCAGGUUCCGGAGCAACCUCUAGGGUUGUAUGACCCAAAGAAUGACAAGGAUUCUUGUGGUGUUGGUUUUGUCUCUGAACUUUCCGGUGAAAGCAGCCGUAAAACGGUGACGGAUGCAGUAGAAAUGUUAGUAAGGAUGUCUCACAGAGGAGCGUGUGGAUGUGAAACCAAUACUGGUGAUGGUGCUGGUAUUCUUGUUGGUCUUCCUCAUGAUUUCUUUGUAGAGGUGACGAAGGAUCUCGGUUUCGAGUUGCCACCACCUGGACAAUAUGCAGUUGGGAUGUUUUUCUUGCCCACCUCUGAGAGCAGAAGGGAUGAAAGCAAAAAUGUGUUUACUAAGGUGGCUGAGUCACUUGGGCAUACUGUCCUUGGAUGGCGUUCUGUCCCAACUGACAAUUCCGGACUGGGAAAGUCUGCUUUGUUGACUGAACCAGUGGUUGAACAGGUGUUUCUUACCCCAACUCCUCGAUCGAAAGCGGACUUUGAGCAGCAGAUGUACAUACUUAGGAGAGUUGCUAUGGUAGCGAUUCGAGCAGCUUUAAAUCUUCAGCAUGGUGGCGUUAGGGACUUCUACAUAUGUUCUCUGUCAUCUAGGACUAUUGUGUACAAAGGUCAGUUGAAGCCUUCUCAACUGAAGGAGUACUAUUAUUGGGACCUUGGCAAUGAAAGGUUUACGAGCUACAUGGCCCUGGUGCACUCUCGAUUCUCCACCAACACAUUUCCCAGUUGGGAUCGUGCUCAGCCGAUGCGUGUGUUGGGUCAUAAUGGGGAGAUUAACACUCUUCGUGGCAAUGUAAAUUGGAUGCGUGCGCGUGAAGGUCUUCUUAAGUGCAAGGAACUUGGUCUUUCAAAAAAUGAAAUGAAAAAGCUCUUGCCAAUUGUGGAUGCCAGUUCUUCUGAUUCAGGAGCUUUUGAUGGUGUUCUUGAGCUCUUGGUUCGUGCUGGUAAGACUAUUCCUGAAGCUGUCAUGAUGAUGAUUCCCGAAGCAUGGCAGAAUGACAAGAAUAUGGAUCCAGAACGGAAGGCCUUUUACGAGUACUUGUCAGCCCUAAUGGAACCAUGGGAUGGUCCAGCUCUUAUAACAUUCACUGAUGGCCGAUAUCUUGGAGCAACAUUGGAUCGGAAUGGUUUGCGCCCUGGGCGUUUCUACAUUACUCACAGUGGACGAGUUAUAAUGGCAAGUGAGGUUGGAGUUGUCGACAUUCCACCAGAAGACAUAUCCAAGAAAGGACGCCUCAAUCCUGGGAUGAUGCUUUUGGUUGAUUUUGAGAAGCACAUUGUUGUGGAUGAUGAUGCCUUAAAAAAGCAGUAUUCACGUGCUCGGCCAUUUGGUGAGUGGCUGAAAAGACAGAAGUUAGUCUUGAAGGACAUAGUUGAGUCUGUGGCUGACACAGAAAGGGUGCCCCCAGCUAUUUCUGGAACAGUACCUGUAUCUAGUCAGGAUGAAGAUAUGGAGAACAUGGGCAUUUACGGUCUGCUGGCACCACUGAAGGCUUUUGGGUAUUCUGUUGAAGCCUUGGAAAUGUUGUUGAUUCCCAUGGCAAAAGACGCCACUGAAGCUCUUGGUUCCAUGGGAAAUGAUACUCCCUUGGCUGUGAUGUCAAACAUAGAGAAACUCACUUUCCAGUACUUCAAGCAGAUGUUUGCUCAAGUCACAAACCCACCCAUUGAUCCUAUCAGGGAGAAGAUUGUGACAUCAAUGGAGUGCAUGAUUGGUCCUGAAGGUGAUCUAACAGAAGUGACUGAGGAGCAGUGCCAUCGAUUAUCAUUGAAGGGGCCUCUUUUAUCUAUUGAAGAAAUGGAAGCUGUUAAAAAAAUGGACUACAGAGGAUGGCGUAGUAAGGUUAUUGACAUCACUUAUCCCAAGAACCUUGGUAGAAAAGGUUUGGAGCAGACGUUGGACAGGAUCUGUGCUGAAGCAAGGGAUGCCAUAAAGGAUGAAUAUACAGUCUUGGUGCUUUCUGACAGAGCUUUUUCACCUAGUAGGGUUGCAGUUAGUUCUCUGUUGGCUGUUGGUGCUGUUCACCAGCAUUUAGUUAAGACACUUGAGCGUACUCGUGUUGGCCUGAUUAUCGAAUCCGCAGAGCCACGUGAAGUGCAUCACUUCUGUACUCUUGUUGGUUAUGGAGUAGAUGCCAUUUGUCCUUAUUUAGCGAUUGAAGCCACAUGGAGGCUACAAGUAGAUGGAAAGAUCCCACCUAAAUCGACGGGCGAGUUUCACUCAAAGGAGGAGCUUGUCAAGCGAUACUUUAAAGCAAGCAACUAUGGGAUGAUGAAAGUUCUUGCAAAAAUGGGAAUAUCAACCUUGGCAUCAUACAAGGGAGCUCAGAUCUUUGAAGCUGUGGGUCUCUCUUCAGAAGUAAUAGAGAGAUGUUUUACUGGAACUGCUAGCAGAGUUGAAGGUGCAACCUUUGAAAUACUGGCCUCAGAUGCACUUAAACUUCAUGAGAUGGCAUUUCCUAAGCGGGCUCUUCCAGCUGGAAGUGCAGAAUCAGUGGCACUACCUAAUCCAGGGGAUUACCACUGGAGAAAAGGGGGUGAACUUCACCUGAAUGAUCCUCUUGCAAUAGCCAAGUUGCAGGAGGCUGCAAAAUCCAAUAGUGUCGGAGCUUACAAAGAAUAUUCCAAUCGGAUAAAUGAGUUGAAUAAAUCAAGCAAUCUUAGAGGGCUUUUGAAGUUCAAAGAUGCUAAUGAAAAAGUUUCAUUGGAUGAGGUAGAGCCUGCUAGUGAGAUUGUGAAACGGUUUUGCACUGGGGCCAUGAGUUAUGGAUCUAUAUCUCUAGAGGCCCACACUACUCUGGCUAUGGCUAUGAACAAGUUGGGAGGAAAAUCUAAUACAGGUGAGGGAGGUGAGAACCCGUCACGUCUCGAGCCUCUUCCAGAUGGUUCAAUGAAUCCUAAGCGCAGUGCCAUUAAGCAAGUGGCAAGUGGAAGAUUUGGUGUUUCGAGUUAUUAUUUGACCAAUGCUGAUGAACUUCAAAUAAAGAUGGCUCAGGGUGCUAAGCCUGGGGAAGGAGGUGAACUCCCCGGUCACAAGGUGAUUGGAGAUAUUGCUGUCACGAGGAAUUCUACAGCUGGUGUUGGACUUAUAAGCCCUCCUCCCCAUCAUGACAUUUAUUCGAUUGAGGAUCUUGCUCAACUGAUUCAUGAUUUGAAGAAUGCCAAUCCAUCAGCUCGAGUGAGUGUUAAACUUGUGUCUGAAGCUGGUGUUGGAGUGAUUGCUGCUGGAGUCGUGAAAGGACAUGCAGACCAUGUUUUGAUCUCUGGACAUGAUGGAGGUACUGGAGCUUCUAGAUGGACUGGCAUAAAGAAUGCAGGGCUUCCUUGGGAGCUUGGACUAGCUGAGACGCAUCAAACUCUAGUUGCAAAUGAUCUUCGUGGCCGUACAGUUCUUCAAACUGAUGGACAACUGAAAACAGGAAGGGAUGUGGCCAUUGCAGCUCUUCUUGGAGCUGAAGAGUUUGGUUUUAGCACAGCUCCCCUCAUAACUCUAGGUUGCAUAAUGAUGAGGAAGUGCCACAAGAACACUUGCCCAGUAGGCAUUGCUACACAGGACCCUGUUCUUCGAGCUAAGUUUGCUGGUGAGCCUGAGCACGUUAUCAAUUUCUUCUUCAUGCUAGCGGAAGAGGUCAGGGAGAUAAUGUCUCAGCUUGGAUUUAGGAAGCUUGAUGAGAUGGUAGGGCGUUCAGAUAUGCUAGAAGUUGAUGAAGAAGUUACUAGGAGCAAUGAGAAGCUAAAGAACAUAGAUCUUUCUCUUUUGCUUAGACCAGCUGCGACAAUCCGUCCAGGCGCUGCCCAGCGUUGUGUCCAGAAACAAGAUCAUGGCUUGGACAUGGCUUUGGACAAAGAAUUGAUUGAACGUUCUAAAGCUGCCCUCGAUAAAGCCCUCCGUGUUUAUAUUGAAACCCCAAUCCGAAAUGUAAAUCGUGCAGUUGGAACAAUGCUUAGUCAUGAGGUGACAAAACGAUACCACUUGCAAGGACUACCCACAGAUACCAUCCACAUUAAAUUUCACGGUAGUGCUGGCCAGAGCCUUGGAGCUUUCCUUUGCCCUGGUAUUACUUUGGAGCUUGAAGGUGACAGCAAUGACUAUGUUGGAAAAGGGUUGUCCGGUGGCAAGAUUGUUGUAUACCCUCCAAGGAGUAGUGGUUUUGAUCCCAAAGAGAACAUUGUAAUUGGCAAUGUAGCUCUUUAUGGAGCAACUUGUGGAGAAGCAUACUUCAAUGGCAUGGCAGCAGAAAGAUUUUGUGUUCGUAAUUCAGGGGCCAAGGCCGUUGUGGAAGGUGUUGGAGAUCAUGGUUGUGAGUAUAUGACUGGUGGAACUGUAGUGGUACUGGGAAAGACCGGUAGAAACUUUGCUGCUGGUAUGAGUGGUGGUAUAGCAUAUGUUCUUGAUGUGGAUGGGAAAUUCUAUUCACGAUGCAAUCCUGAACUAGUAGAUCUUGAUAAAGUCGAGGAGGAAGAGGAUAUAACAACUCUAAGAAUGAUGAUUCAGCAACAUCAACGCCAUACAAACAGCAAACUAGCUCAAGAAGUACUUGCAAAUUUUGAACAUAUGUUGCCCAAGUUUAUUAAGGUCUUCCCUAGAGAUUAUAAGCGGGUGCUUGCUAGCAUGAAAACUGAUGGUUCAUCCCAGGAGGCUGGAGGUAAAGUGGCCGAUGAGGAAAAAGAUGAAAUUGAGGUUACUGAAAAAGAUGCAUUUGAAGAACUAAAAAAGAUGGCAGCUUCUGCUUUAAUGGAUGAAGCAAAUGAGAAAGAAGAGAUGGUACAAGAGUACAAGCGUCCUUCCCGUGUUCCUGAUGCUCAAAAACAUCGUGGUUUUGUUGCAUAUGAGCGUGAAGGGAUUCAGUAUCGUGAUCCCAAUGAAAGGAUGAAGGACUGGAAGGAGGUUAUGGAUGAAACAAGACCUGCUCCCUUGUUGAAGACACAAUCUGCUCGGUGCAUGGAUUGUGGUACGCCAUUUUGCCAUCAGGAAAAUUCAGGAUGCCCACUUGGGAACAAAAUUCCUGAGUUCAAUGAAUUAGUUUAUCAGAAUAGGUGGCGUGAAGCUCUAGAUCGCCUUUUAGAAACAAAUAAUUUCCCCGAGUUUACUGGUAGAGUUUGUCCAGCUCCUUGUGAGGGUUCUUGUGUUCUUGGCAUCAUUGAGAAUCCUGUGUCGAUCAAAACCAUUGAAUGUGCUAUCAUAGACAAAGGCUUCGAGGAAGGGUGGAUGGUACCAAGGCCUCCACAGAAAAGAACAGGGAAAAGAGUGGCAAUUGUUGGAAGUGGACCUUCUGGCUUGGCUGCUGCAGAUCAAUUGAACAAAAUGGGUCAUCAUGUAACUGUUUAUGAACGCGCUGAUAGAAUCGGAGGGCUUAUGAUGUAUGGAGUGCCCAACAUGAAGACUGACAAGGUGGAUAUAGUUCAGCGACGGGUAAAUCUUAUGACCGAGGAAGGUGUGACUUUUGUUGUUAAUGCAAAUGUUGGUGGGGAUCCGUUGUACUCUCUUGAUCGGCUAAAGGAGGAAAAUGAUGCCAUUUUGUUAGCUGUUGGUGCUACUAAGCCAAGGGACCUUCCUAUUGAAGGACGGGAUUUGGCAGGAAUCCAUUUUGCUAUGGAGUUCUUACAUGCGAAUACAAAAAGUUUGCUCGACAGUAAUCUUCAAGAUGGUAAAUAUAUUUCAGCUGAAGGCAAGAAGGUUGUGGUCAUUGGUGGUGGUGACACUGGCACAGACUGCAUUGGUACAUCUAUUCGACAUGGCUGUACUAGCGUUGUUAACUUGGAACUUCUUCCCCAGCCACCAAAUACAAGAGCUCCUGGCAACCCUUGGCCACAGUGGCCACGUAUCUUCAGGGUGGACUACGGACACCAAGAAGCUGCCACCAAGUUUGGGAAAGACCCAAGAACUUAUGAGGUUCUGACUAAACGUUUUAUUGGUGAUGAGAACGGUAAGGUAAAACGUCUUGAAUUGGUACGUGUUAAGUGGGAGAAGGAUGCUAGUGGGAAGUUCCAGUUCAAGGAAGUUGAAGGAUCAGAAGAGUACAUUGAGGCAGAUUUGGUACUCUUAGCUAUGGGAUUCCUUGGCCCCGAAGCGACUGCAGCUGAUAAAUUGGGUGUGGAGAAAGACAACCGUUCAAACUUCAAGGCUGACUACGGUCAAUUCUCCACUAAUGUAGAUGGUGUAUUCGCUGCUGGGGAUUGUAGGCGUGGCCAGUCCUUGGUGGUAUGGGCUAUAUCUGAAGGCAGACAAGCUGCUGCACAGGUUGACAGUUACCUAAUGAAAGAAGAAAAGGAGGCUGCUGUUGGCUCCUCGGAAGAAGCUAUUGGAAAAAGGCAAAAGGAGAGCGUGAAGCGUACAGUAAUGAAAUAGAUGGCACAUCUUCCUUUCGACUGAUUCUUUUUUCUAUGCCAGGAAGAGCUGGCAGAGAUAUGAAGACUAUCACAGAUUGCUUGUUCUUAGUAGAUGUAAGAGAUUGUAGAAGAGUUCGUAUGAGGACCACCAAGUUUCUUGUGGUUAGCAAUAACGUAGAGACGAAUGUGGUGGUAGUAUCUAUUUUUGUUUACCACAUUUGUUCAUAUGGUCUGUUCAUUACCCCUAAAGGUUGUCUAGGGUAGUGGGGCCCAGAUAGAACAGUGUACAGUAUUGUUUGAAAACUAAAUGUGAGAUUUAGGCUAUCCAA